ACUAUAAAUACCGUAGCAAUUUGUUUAAGCUUCACAAGUUUUCGAACGUUCGUUGAAAGCAGUACUAAAAAUGAAAUUCUUCGCUUUGUUGGUAGUCGCCCUUUUGGCCGCAACUGUUUCUGCUUCCGGCACCAGACCUCCUCAUGUGCACAAUGCCAUCACCGGUGGAGGCGCUUAUUAUCAUUUUUGGGCCGGCGUUGAGGGUUUAAUGCACGCCCUUGAGGAAGUCAUCCCUGAACCUUGGUAUCAUUUCAUCCAUGAAAUCUAUCAAUACAUGCAAACUGUCUACGAAAUGAUUCCCAAUGAUUUGACUAACGCCUUCAACAACGUUUGGAACACUUGGCCCAGCUACAAACAAUUCUUUACUCCUGAAUUUGUUAAUGCCGCCGAGGAGCUCUUCCAUACCAUGUGGAGCACCUUCUUCCCUCAUGAAUUCUACACUGUUCUUGAAAACAUUUACGAGCGUUUCCCUAAAGUUACCGAUUUAUUGCCCAAGGAAUUCUUAACCACCUUAAGCAAAUAUUUGGAACAUGUACCCCUUAUAAGAGAACCCAUGAAACAAUGGAUGUUGGUUAUGGAACAAUUGAUGCCUCAUACUCACCAUCAUUAAAUCAUGUUUUAAAGUAGAACAAAGGAAGAAAAAUUUUUUGUAAAGACAUGCAAUGAAACAUACAUAAAAAGCAUAAAAAUAAAAA